UUGGCCCUAAAAAGAAAACAUUCAGAUUUUUUUUGAAAACUGAUAAAAUAAAAUGUGGUACAUGGAUAUUUAAUUUGACAAAUUAUUCUGUCAUAUGUUAAAAGAUAUUACACUAUUUUUAUGCCAGGAAAAUACUUCUCGGCAAGUUACGUUAUUACACAACAUAAUUUGUAUUUUUAUGAGUAUUUCUGCAAUAAAUAAGUACAAAAAUGCCUCCACACCACGAGGAAGAAGAAGAUAAACCUUGUAGAGCAUGUUCGGAUUUCAAAACUUGGGCGAAACUACAAAACAAAGGUUCAAAAACCGCGCCGACCAAACCGCCUCCUCCUCAAUCAAAGGAAUGCCCUCUAGAUAAAGAAGAAUUAGGCAAAUCUACAUGGGGUUUCCUCCACUCGAUGGCUUCAUAUUUUCCUGACAAGCCAACUAAAUUACAAUCGGAAAAUAUGUCACGAUUCUUUAAUAUUUUUGCCCAAUUCUAUCCAUGUGAACCAUGUUCUUUGGACUUUCUGGAUGACAUACAAAAGAACCCACCAAAGACAAAAUCAAGGGAUGAACUAGCAAAAUGGCUCUGUGAGAGACACAAUACUGUGAAUGUAAAACUUGGAAAACCAUUAUUUGACUGUAGCAAAAUUCACGAGAGGUGGAGAGAUGGGUGGAAAGAUGGCUCCUGUGAUUAAUAAUAAAUUAGGAUAAAACUAGUAUUUACUGACUUGGGGAACAAAUAUUAAUUUUGCCCUCAAGUUGAAUAUAAGGAAACGUCAUUAGCAUUUCUGUAGUAAAAAAGAAAGUCUUGAAUUUUUUUAGAUUUGUUCAUUCAAAUAAUACUGUUUAUUACUGUGGAGAAAUACAUGUUCAUCUGGUAGUUAGUGAGAUUAUUUCAAUGUUAAGAUGUUUUUGUGAUGUUUAUAGUGAAUUUUUACAUUUUAAUAAAAAUGAAAUAUUUAUUUGUAAAAUACAUUUUUGUUCUGGUUUAUUGGUAUUUAAUAUAAAAAAACCUUCGUUAUUCAAUAUAAUAUAAUUAUAAGGCUUGUAUCCUACACUUCUACUUUCACCACUGUAAGGCACAAUUCCCUCAUAAAUUUUAGUAAUGCAACAUAGUCAAAUUGCAACAAGGUUAUAUAGCUAUAUAUAAAUUCUUAUUGAAGACCACUAAUAUCUGUUACAGUAUAAUUAAUGCAAAAAGUGAAAAAUACAAAAAUGAUAUCUAUGUUAAAAGCCACUGUAUAAAAUUCAAUUAUAAAUUCACAAACUAGCAUAUUGAAAAAUGAGCUACACAGCCACCAGCCGUAUUCUGCUUCCCUUUUGUCCACCUGAUUGCUGGAUGCCUCGAGGGGCCAUUCCAGCUUCACCGGUUUGGUGGGUGAGUUUACAGAACUUGCUAACACUAGCCUUAGCAAGAUGCCUUUGCUGAAUCUACCACCCGAUCCCAAUCGUGACUCACUGGGAAGAUCUGCCGAGAAAUUUUGUACUGUCUGUUAAGUUGUACGUUAAGCCCUUCGUCACAUUCCACGAGAAUGGUGACAGCAGCUUGGGGUGCUAAAAAUCACCAAGAGUGUUGUAUACAGUGAACUCAAAGCCAAAUAGUGGGGCUGUAAAUUCAAACAAGGUAUUUUAUUUUUUAUUUAUUUCAUUUACUUUA